CUAUUACACUGUUUACUUAAAGUAGAGAUGAGCCAUAUUUUAUACUGAAACUAAGGGAAACUGAAGUGAUACUAAGUAUUCCAGUAAAUAGAAUACAUCAUAAUCAUACUUUUGUAUAGGCACCAUUUGAAAAAAGUAAUAACGUUAUGGGCUAACCACGUUAUGUAAUGCUACUCCUUUAGUGACCUUUGCCUGCCUUUUACUAAUUUAAUUUUAUGCUGUAACUUACACUAACUUCUAGGCCCAGCUUAAUCCUAAGUAACUCAGUACCGAUCUAAGUUAGCUAAGUCAAGAAACUAAGUUAAGGGUAAACAAUGGGGACGCCUACCACUAUUUUAUCGAAUUUCACGAAUGUAUGUAUCCCUAAAUCGAUCCCUAUACUAUGCCUAACCUGAUCCCUAAAUCGAUCUCUAUGCCUAACCUGAACCCUAAAUCGAUCCCUCAACCUAACCUAAACCUUAAUUCACUGCAACUAUAAUAAACACACAAAAGACGCUGUGGCAGCCGUCCUCGGAUUUAGCCAAGUUAUGUUGGCUAAAACUAUUUGAGGAUGCCAUGACGUCAUUUGCAUGUUUAUUAAAGUAAGUUGCUGUGAAUUAGGGUUCAGGUUAGGUUUAGGGAUACAUUUAGUUUAGGCAUUUAGGGUUCAGGUUAGGUUUAGGGAUACAUUUUAGGGUUCAGGUUAGGUUUAGGGAUACAUUUACUUAGAUUUAGUGACAGAAAUAAAUGGUCUCUUCAACCAAGAUGGCGGCCAAUCAUGGCAUCCUCUCUCAAAAUUUACCCUUAUGUUAUGCUAAUAUAUAAUAAUAAUAAUAAAGUUCAUUUCAAAAACACGCUUCAUCCCCAAAGGCUCGAAGCGCGGUACAAAGUCAACAAAAAAAAAUCUAUAAUUUACCACAUUUAAAACAAACGCAACACUACAAAAACUAAUUACAAGCUUACAAUGUCAAAGUCUUUCUAGCCAUUUCAACCAUAAGCAACACGGCCAUUAUGCAUUAACUGGAAAAUAAGGUAGACAGAUGUAGCCCGCCAAACAUUAGCGACAGCAAUGCCUGAACUUCCCAUCUACUAAAGACUAAAGUUACUUAAAAAAACAUGAACUCAAGUAACUUGAAGUACGGGUAACACACAUUUAAUUUUUGCUAUAUCAUACCCCUUCCCCCAUGACCAUGAUACAUCACUGCACACUUUUAUUUCACGCCCAUUAUUAAAUAUUCUGACGUCCCAACUACUUUUAAAUCGAAUUAUUUUUUACACCAUACCAUACUUAAAUUGAAAUGACUUCAUUUUCCGGAAAAUAUUACACACCAACGGCAGUAGCGUUAUUAAAAAAUAUAUAUAUAUCAUUUAGCCUAGUUAUCAGGAAUUAUAUUUUGUGCGCUAUUGAACUCCUUAUUGAACCAUCACAUCACUUUCAAACAUAUAGAAUUAUUUGUAAUAUACUCUCAAUACCAAAUAUGCUGAAUAGGAAGCAGCCAGCUUGUUAGGAAGCAGCCGGAAAUGGAAGUAGUCCAUGAGUCACACCAGAAGCGUAAUAAAUAUUAGAGAUGGGGGCUUUCCUUUAUAUAACUAAUUAUUAAUUAAUGCGCUUCAGUUCAGUUCUGGUGUAGGCACUCCAAUACUUUCGCCGCCCGUGAUAGAAAAACGAGGCCUGCCGAGCGGCGAUCGCUGUGAUCAGCCGGCGCUUUUCGUAUUCGGUAGAUCUUGGUGAUUAGUGUUGUUUUGCGUCAUUUCUAAAAAUAGAGGACUCUCCUUGGUUUUAUUUAAAUCUGCGAUGCAUGCCGGUUACGAGGGUAUGAAUUAAGUGGAAAUCUGACCUUGCUGAGACGAAUAAUUGGAAAGUUGACGUGGGGUAAGUGAGUUUGCUGUGCUAUAUUUUUUUUUUCAAAUCGCGUUCGGACUUGGAAAUUACUUGUUCGCAUAGAUUAUAUAUUUUAAAAGCAGAAACACUUAUUUUAAAGAGUAUAGAUCGUCCCCAAAAUUUAUGAGAGCUUGAACCGUGUGACUAAAAAUUCAAGGUUGCCAAGUCGUGGCCAUUUUUUCCCCCUCGAUCUACCGGAAGUGGUAAAUCUCUAAUGUAAACAGUGGUUAUUAUUAUUUAAAACCUUUUUCAAACAACUAAAUAAAUAUUUCCUGUAUUAUAACUUAGUAGUUUGAUUUUAAAUAUAUACUUUUUAAUAACUGGUUUUUAAUAAUAAUUACACUUUAGGCCUAUAUAGUUAUUAUAUAAGAGCAGGCUUUGGAUCAAUAAAACUAAUACAUAUACUGAGAUAAAACAACAAAGUCAAAGUGAUAAAAGUGCUUUGACAUACAAAUAGCAAUGAAUUAGAUAGUAAGAUAGCCCCUAGUCCUAGUUAUUAUCAGCUAUAAGUGUACAUAUAAUAAAGAACAUUGUGUAGCCUAUUUAAAAAUAUUGAAUCAUUAUUUACAUGUACCGGUAUUCAUAAAUUAAUAGUCCUAAUCUUUAUUUUUUAUUUUCCAGAGUUACAGAUUGUAAUCACUCCCUGUAAUUUUGAUAUGUAUUUACUUGGAGGAGAUCAACAAACAACCCAAUUUGAUAUUGACAAUGGAGGCAUAUUUUUUUAAUGUACCAAUUGAUGAGGAUGAAGUGUUGCUAGACCUCCGGAGCCGAAACAAUGUCGACAGAUUACAUGACAUUUUAAAAUUUUGCAUAGCAUGAUUUUAAUUGCUUUUGAUAUAUUUUAAUACUCUAUUAUAUUUGGUUGGACACUAUCUAUUUUUACUGAAAAUUUGAUUGCAUUAGCUUUAUUAGUUUAAAAGUUGUAUAUUUAAAUGUAAAAAAUUUCUCGGCCGCAGUUGCUUUUCAUAAAAUAUUAUUUCUAAUACUGCAUAAAUUUUUCUGAUCUGUAUUUUAUUUAUGUUAAAUAUGCCUUACUUUUAGAUGGACAUUAUCUGUUUGUAUUGAAAAUUUCAUAGUGAUAGCUUUAUUGGUUUAAUAAUUAUGUCAUUUUUUGAAAAAAAAAAUUUGUUCGACAAUUGUCGUUAUCCAUGCUAUAUGCUUAUAAAAAUUUUUUUCAAAAAAUAUAAUAAGUUAAUUCAAAAUUCAUGUGUUUAAUUUUGUUAAACAUUGUAUUGUAAAUGUGUUCUCCAAAUUUGAGCAGUCUAACUUUAAAAGCCAACAAGAUACAACCAAAAUAGUACAAAAAGAGUAAUAAUUAGAUCACAGUUUUAAAAAUUAAAUACAAAGCCAAAUAGUGGGAAAAAAUAAAUCACUAAAAAAUUCAUAACUUUUCUUCUACAAGUGAUAGAAAGAUUAUCUUGGUGUCAAUGGAAAGCUUAAAGUCAGCUCUUUCCAAUGAUAUGCUCCUUGUGUAUGUCAGAUGAAUCUGAAAUUUUGAGUUGGAGUACCUAUGGUUGGAUACAUUGCUGAAUCAAUGUACCGGCAUAUGUGCAACGGUUGGGGAAGCGAUGCUGCUAUCCUAACGGCUCCUAGUGGAUGCCAGGACAGCCUGGAAGCUCUCGAUUGAUGUCGAGUUUACGGCGGCAUUGUCCAAGUCGUUUCAAGCGAUUAUUGUGCGUGGGAAGAAUGAUUGUUUAUAUUGGAUUGUAUUUUACCGAGGCACAGUAAAGCAUUUUCUAUUGUUCCGGAUGUAAUUGCUUAUGGGGUUGUUAGAGGUGAAGUCAGUGUAUAGUGAGCGUUUGGCUCUGAUUAAGCGACCUGGCUUCUGUGGGAUGAGAUAUGUGUUUGCUGGGAUGGCUGGCACUAGCCCCAUGACCACUUUAUAUAAGAAUGUUAUGCGGAGCUUUUCUUGUCUGCCUUUGAGGGAGGGGAUGUCAAAUCUUUUUAGAGGUCAGUGACAAAGCCAAGAGUGGUGGAUUUGUAGUCACGUGUGAUGAAGCGCACAGCAUUACGCUGGAUUCGCUCCAUCUUGUCCACAUCUUGCUUUAGGUAUGGGUCCCAGACGAUCGCAUCAUAUUCUUGUAGUGGGUGGACGAGUGCAAGAUAGGCAUUUCCUUUGCAGGAGGUUGGGCAGUGGCACAGAUUACUUUGAAUGAAACCUAGCGUGGAGUUGUUUUUUUUUGGUGAAAUUUUGUUUAUAUGGGGUGACUAUUUUAGGUUAUUUGAGAAGAGAAUUCCAAGGUAUGGAUCAUUUCAUACUUGUUAGAGUAUUGUGUUGUUUAGGGAGUACAUAUAGGAUUUUUUUUUUUUUUCAGUAAGUCACUCACUCUCCGGAAAGUGUGGAUCUCUAAGAAAGUGUGACAGUUUGUGACACAGUGAGAGGGUGGGGUUAAGAUCUUGGUAAAUGUUGGUUUACCUGAAGGAUCAUGACUCAUGCCAACCAAGAUGGCUGCUGUGUAAUUUAAAAAAAAAAAAGUACAAACAUGUCUGCCAAGACAAGGAGGGGAAAGAGACAUAUGCUGUUUUAGCUUCUUAUGGAGAGAAAUGAAAAUAGGAACAAAAUUAAUGUAAAAAUUUCAGCAGGUACCGGUACAUUCAUUUCGUGGUGAGUUGAGUUACUUUAAUAGGUACUUUGGUAACACAAGAGAGAAAACUAUGUAAUUUCUAUCGGAAAUGGCCAUCAGUGCAAUGGAAUCUGAGUUUUUACAUUUUUUUUGUGAGUUUAGUUUUAAUAAUACAGGAGUCCUUUUGACCCAUAAUUAAGGUCUGACUCUGCCCUUUUACAUUAGGAGACAUGCUGACCUACAUUCCCAUUGAGCUUUUUGUCUUUAUAUCAACUUUAAUUGAGAAAAAUCGUAUGAAUAAGGAAUCUUUCAACAUAAAAAUUCAAUAGAAAUAUUAAAAGUAUGUCUUUUAUACUAAUUGUUUUUGAGCAAAAUAUAUUGAGGUAUAUGUGUGAAAAAUUUCAUUGCACUAGCUCAUGAAACAUUUUCACAAUUCUUCUCAACAUAGACCUCAUUAUUAAAAGGACGCACAGGCCAUUUUGGAUUAGUGACCACGCCCGCUUUUAAAUUGCGGAAGACACCAAUACUUAGCUUAGAAAAUAUUCAAUUAUUACCACAACUGGUAUAUACAUCAAAAUAUUUGAUAACCUGUAUUUCAGAAUGAAUUUUGAAGACAUUUAAAAUGGAAUAUUUAAAUUUGAGUUUUAAAAAUCCAAUAAAGUCCAUAUUAUAAUUAUAAAUUAUUAUAAUUUUCAGUGUUCAAAACGUUGUCAUGGGCAACCAUUCACAGCCACUUGAAGUGUGCAAAAACUAUUAAACCAUUGCUCAGGGAAAGCUUUAAUUAAUUAGUCAAGUUCCAAAUUUGAAAGUUCAAAAUAAGUAGACCUAGAACAGCAUUUAGUAAUAAGAGGAUACGUUGCCUUAUAUAGACUUUAUAGUAUAUUCCGGUAUAAUGGACUUUGUACAUUAUAUUAAAUUUACUCAUAUACACAGUGCAUGGCUAGAUAAGUUACAAUUUAUUAUAAUUAUACAACAUUUUUAAAAUUACUUUUUAAUACAGCAUUAAUUCUGAAAAUAAAAGUCAUAUAAAAUGAUCAUUAAAACGAGAGUGACACGAACAGUGGAAUCGGGUCACAGAAUGUGGAGAUGGUUUCAUUAUUUUAAUGAAAGUUUGCUCUAUUAUAUACUUUACUACUUUAAUAAUUUAAAAAAAUUUUAUACCAAAGUACCUAGUAUCCCCUAGAUAUGCGACAAGAAGUGUCAACGACCUGUGGUCGCUCUCUUCCGUCCACUAAAACACAUGUCACAUAUGCUUCAGUUACAAAUUGAUAAGAAAAGUGUAAUAAUGAAGAAAAACAAUAUAAAAUAUUUUUAAAAUAAUAAAAUUCCAACGUACAGUUCCAUAGAAUACCCGUACACCUUAAAACACUUUUUGGGGUUCCUUCACAAAUAAAAUCAAGAAGUUGUCAGAAGUCAAUACAAUGCCCUUUACUAAAAUUCUGGAAAACUGAAAUAUUAUAAUUAAUUAACCACCCACAGUGCACAGUAUAGAGAGAGAUAUAUCCUUCCAGACUCACGUGUUGCAUAGGACGGAUGGGUGGCUUAUGCAAACAUAAAUCAGAUCAGCAUGGAAACUAUGAACACUCAAACUCUGUUUAUUUACCAUACAUUAAAAUAAAUGGUUUAAAUUUUUCUAUUUUAAAAAUUUUGUAUUUUACAUAAGUGAUUAAAUGAAUAUGUACAGUAUCAUAAAAAUCCAUUUAUAUUGAUCAAUAAAAGAAUUUUAUCUUAUCAAUAAAAGAAUACCCGUUUAAAUAGCCCUUCAAACUGGAACAUGAUUUUUUAAUAACCAAAGUUCAAGAGGUAAUGUACAAAAACUUGAAGUUGACAGUGAUGUUCAACUUUCUGUUCUGAUAGAUGUAUUCUGACAGAAGAUUAAAUUUGUAUUACACAAUACAUUUAAUGUAUAACUAUGCAAUUUUUUAGUUCAAAAGUGGGACAUACAGUUUUAUUUAAAAAAAGCAUGGUGGGGGCUUCUGAGAUUUGUGACAGAAAGAAGGGAGGGGGUAAAAAUUGUCCAAAUAUAGCGUGACAUACUUUACUGAUGGCCCCUAGGUCUAGAUAUGGCUACUAGUACUACUAGCAGUAGUAGGUAAUCAUAAAUUGUGUAGUCUAGUCUAAUUAGCCUAGCCUUUAUAUUAAAAUUAAUAAGCUGGCUAAUUAAAUUAAUAAUUAGGGCCUAACACUAAUUACUGGUACAAGUUACUUACUAAGUGGUUUGCAUUUAACUUUGUUUUUUUAAAAUUCAAAUUAAUUGUAAGAUGGGGUAGCUUUCAUUAAUGAUUAAUUCCCCAAUAGACAUACAUACUUAUAACAAAACCAUGGAGUGGCACGGACCCAAAUCACACUUGAAGUUGAAGAAACUUCAAAACUUUAAAAUAACACUAAAACCUCCUUUUUUUAAUUUACCAAUUUUUCCACCAUUUUAAUAGCUGAACUUGAAUUCAAUUAUUUGUUGACUAGUGCAGUGUUGUGUUGACUGUCAGAACUUAAAUUUGGUGUGCAGUAUUACUCAGUAUGCUGUUGAAAGUGUUGUUGUUAAGUGUGAAUUGUGCGUUGCCUAAAUAAUAUCACAGCCACAAAUGGCACUAUUUGUGAUAGUGAUAGCUUUCAGUUGUUGUAAAACACCAUUUAAAUGUGGAAUAAACAUUUUUAAUUCAAUUAUUAAUGUGGUUCUCAAUUUUUUUGUAUUCGAACCAAUCCAUUAUAAAGUCAUUGACAUAAACAUAGCUUUAUUUAUGCAGUAACACAUACACAAAAAAAACAUGACCACGCAAGGCUAUUACUCACCAUUAUUAUGUAUUUGACUUAGUAAAUUCAUUAAAAGUUUCUUCAGUAACAUAAAUAUGAUUUUAAAUUAGUAUUCUGAGCUGGAGGAAUAGCUUUGCUAGCUAGCUACUGCUUCGCAACUUCAUUGAAAAUAGAUUUUGUUCAUUUAACAAUUACUGUAAGGUCUUGCCUUGUACAAAUAAUCUCACAUUGUUAUUUAUGAUUUUUAUUUCCAUUAAAUUUGUUUUUCAGUUUCAGGCUGUCUAAAUUGAUUUACAUCUACAAACAAGAUGGUUUGUGUUCCUUGCAUUGUCAUUCCGUUUCUCUUGUGGGUAUUUCAUAAAUUUAUCAGCCCUUGGCUGUCAAAGUUUUGGAACAAGCCUGCUGAAAUUGCCAAAAGUGUUGAAAGCAAUCUAACUUGUCCAAUGCCCAAGAAAAAGAGGCAGAAAAUUCAGGUAAGCAAUUACAUUAGGUCAGAUUCAAAGGCUACAUUUUGAAAGUUUAAUCUGUCCUAAUCAUUACUAAAAUAUAUCCCCAUUCUUCUUUUUGUUUGGGCCAUUACUGAAACUAUUAUUAUCUAAAAGUACUAGUAUCUUAAACUUGGCAUGUUGUCGCGUAUGCUAUGAGCUUGGAAAGACAUGCUGAACUCUCAUUGCUUUUUAACAAAAGAAGAUACAAAUUUAAGUGUUUCUUCAUCCUUCUCGCCAGAGCAGCAGUAAAUUUUAGCUAACGAUUGUGUGGUAGUUCAAUUUCUAGGCACCCCCAAUGAGCAGCACGCAUGAUAAUUCACCUGGUGUGCCACUGCCCGGCCUAGUAGGCAGGCACUAGUGGGAAUUAGGGAGGCCACAGCCGGCACUAAUGGCAGUAGAGGGAUACAAAAUUCUAAUGUUUUAAAAAAAUAAUUUCUUUAAAUUAGGCUCCCAAAAAUUGCCUGGGCAGUUAGCCAUAAGUGUAUACCUGGUGACAGUCCUAAUUAUCACUAUGCAUAGAGGACCCAUUUAGCUGUUUUCAAAAUAAAUGUUGUCAAAGAAAUUCUUAGCACGAUCAAUUUUAGUGCUAAUUUCUUUCCCUGGUGUUUUUUUUUUUUUUUUUUUUUAACAUUAACUUUAACCAGUACAACUCACUUAGCAUAUUUUUUGCUACUUUUACUAUAUUUUUUAAUGCCUGUUAUAUACGUUUUAAUUUUUUGCACGAUCAAUUUUAGUGCUAAUUUCUUUCCCUGGUGUUUUUUUUUUUUUUUUUUUUAACAUUAACUUUAACCAGUACAACUCACUUAGCAUAUUUUUUGCUACUUUUACUAUAUUUUUUAAUGCCUGUUAUAUACGUUUUAAUCCCCCCUCCCUGUGGAUAUUGCUCUUUAAUUGUUCAUUAUGGGAUUGAGCUAGCCUCCCUCACUUUAAAUAAAAUACAGCUCAAGUCAAGGCUUACUAUUCAAGUCGAAUAUUGCCUUGGUCAUCUUUGAACGCAAAGGACUAACAAUAUGGGAUAACAAUUUUUUAAAGUUAAAGCUUAUAUUUUAUAUGCUUUUUCUUAGGUUGCUCUGUUCAUUUGUUUUUAGUGGAAUUUUGCAUCUUAAUUUUGACCUACUUCCUGACCUGCAACUGAGCUGAAACUUUAUACACUUACCCCCCCUGAUGACAAAACAACCUUUCUUGUUCAGUAGCUCACUAUUGACCUCCACUUAACCUUAAGUGACAUCUGCAGGUCAAAUUGCAUCUCAGUUUUACCCACUUCAUGAUGUUUAAUUGAGCUGAAACUUUAUAAUACUUACCCACCUCUAGUGACAAUAUAAAACCCUUCAUGAUCAGUAGGUCACCAGUGACCUCCACGUAGGUCACCAGUGACCUCCACUUACCCUUGAGUAACCUCUGCACAUAUCUCAGGAGUGGAAAAUGAUAGGGACAUAGGGUUUUCACUGCAGCUUUUUCUUAUGCAUGGUUACUCCCUCAUCCCUUAUGCAUCAACGAUGACAACAGAACUUUUUUUCCACAGAAAGGUCAUCACUGACUUUUCAUGUGUUUGUAUUUCAUGGAUGCCCCACACUUUUUUUAGUCAUGCGUUUCAUUCCACUUCCUGAUCUCCUAUUGUAAAAUAAAAAAAUAUUUUAAAAAACACCCUUUCCCAAAAUAUACUUGAAAUAAAAGUACCGGGGUAUGUUGUUAGUCAUGUGCCUAGAGAAUCAUGGGGCAACCAUGAAAUACAAUGAUGUCGUAUGACUUGAAAAAUGCAAUUUUGGACAACUAUUUAUGUUUGCAUUACUGCAAGUAAGUAAGUGUUAUGUGACACAAUAGUUAUGAUGCAUAUUAUUGAACCAUGGACUUAAAAAAAAAAGAAGAGUUCUCACAACUGCCUUGCAUUAUUGUUGUAUGCUCCCAUCAAUCGUAAUCUUGAAAAUUGAAAUGAAAUUAGCGAUACUCCUGUAUGUUUUUGUGAAGAACAUUGAGUUCGUUAGUGCCCCAGGCUAUUAUAGUCAUAUGACUUCAAAACUCUGAAGUUUUAAAGGACAUAUAUUUUAUACUUUUUAGUACAUUUUUGGAAAGACUGUUUAAAAAAAAAAUAUUUUUUUAAAAAUGUACUGUACAUUUAAAUAUAUUGCCUAUAUAUUUUAUCCUCUUUUAUUUCAGGAUUCCGAUUCCAAAGACAAAACUUUUAUAAAUGGAGAUACCCAUUCAAGCAGUUCUUGCACAAACCCAACUUCACAAGAAACUAUACCGGUACAUUCAAAGGGCCUAAAAACUGACUGAAUGACCUUAUUUUAUCUUAUCUUUUUUUUUAUUGAUUCCAUUGCACCAUAACCAUUAUAAUAAAUUGUUAUAUGAUAUGUCCUUUUACUUUUAAAUUAAAUAUGUGUUUCAUCACUACAUUUUUAACUUAAUAUUAAGGAGGCAGUUAUGAGAAAUAAAUUACCUACAUCUUAAAGUGAUCACCAGUAAUCAGUUUAAAAAAAAAAAAGGGAGGAUCGAUUUUAACAGUUUAAGAAGGAUUUCUUUUUUUAUUGAUUUAUCAAUUGAACUUUAAGUAAAGUAAAGAAAUUGCUGAUAACUGAUAAGUUUAAAUUCAUUUCUAAAUUUAUAUCCACUCUCUCUUUAUAUAACAAGUUACAAGUUAUGCAAAUAUUAGAUGGAAUUAUGUAGUGAGUACCGGUACAAUAAAAUAAAUAUUAUUGAAUGCUAAGGGCAUGAAAUAAUUGUACAUACAUGUCACAAAUUGAAUUAUAAGUUUUAAAAAUAUAAAUCCAUCAAAACUAGCCUCAUUUAAAUAAGGUGACUUAUUUUCUAGAUCAGUGGUUCUCAACCUUCCUAAUGCCACGACCCUUUAAUACAGUUUCUCAUGCUGUGGUGACCACUAACCAUAAAAUUAUUUUAGUUACUACUUCAUAAACAUUUUCUCGAUGGUAUUAACUCUUUCGAUGCGGAACAACGCACACUGUGUUCUUCCGCCGUUCUCAAAAGCACGGACCAACGCGCUGUGCGUUGUUUCAAUAUCAUGUUUCUUUCUUUGCUAUUUCUCGGUUAAACUUUUUAAGAGCUAUUUUUAAAUAAGACUUUUACAUAGAAGAGUGGCACUUCAUUGUUUACAAUCGAAACCAAGGCUUAUUUAUUGUCAAUUGAAGCAUUAUUUUGACGAUUUUCUUCGCGUUUUGUUUUUUUUACUGUUGCUAUGGCUACCCUAGGCUCUAGUAGGUAAGUUUCCUAGACGAUUAACAGUUAAAAAAAGCUUUGAAAUUGUUUUAUAAUAUUUCUUUUGACAGCGAAGAUGAUUUAUAUUUAGAUACAUCGCAUGAUUCCGAUGGUAGUAGUUUUAGAGGAAUUGAGUUAUAGAAUUGAAGAUGAGGUAUGCGUAUAUCAUUGGGUUUGGGGAAAAAUGGUUUAGCAUAAAAUGUUUUCACAUUUUAUGGUUCUUUCGUGUAACUUAUUUUUUUUAAACUGUAGAAACUAGUGUACAAAUAUAUAGUCCUUUCAAUUACUUUUCAUUUGAUACUAAGUUUAGUCUUAUAAACCAAAGAAUAAUAUUUAAAAUAUUUUUUAAUAAACCCAACCUAUCACUCUUUUUCCGCUUACAUUUUUUCGAUGAAAAAAUUCCGCAGCGAAAGAGUUAAGUGACACCUGUGUAAGGGGUCGUGACACACGGGUUGAGAACCACUGUUCUAGAUGAUCAGAAGAGUGAACUCAUUUUUAAAAGGGUGGUCAUUUCUUUUUCAUUGUUUAUUAGUUUAAAAAGAUGUUUAACAAAAACAGGAUUUUUAGUACGGUACCAAAAACCAAUUUUGAUUUUCAUGAACCGAUUUAAAAAAUUACUUUUUUUAUACAAAAAAAGUAAAUGUACUUUUGUUAUUUUGAAUAAAUAAAGAUGCUGUAUAAGUUCACCAUAAGGCAUAAAAUUGUUAGUCACUCUUUAUUGAUAUAAGCUGACGUUAACUACCAAUUGUGACUGGAUAAUGGGGAAAAGUGGUCCCCUCAUUUAUUGGCGAUAGAUGUCAACAAGAGUGGAGAAAGCAGUCCCCCAUAACCCCCC